GACAGCCAGUGGGUGGGCUGGGCUGUGGUCCUGCUUUCGGCUUUUUACAUCGCGAAUUGCUCUUCUACGAAUAUUCAAACCUCAUAUAUGAAUACACAAACCUGACAGGAUGAGUUAGAGGCUGUAUAUCGUGUGUGCCAGGUAGUGCACUGAAACAUGGGUCGUUGCAGUGUCCACGUCCUUCUGCUGCUCUUGCUGCAGGCCCUGCAGACAUCAGCUGAGGGCCCAGAUGGACUAUUGGUGUGUCUGUGUGAUAGCCCAAAAUGCCUCCAGGACACCCAGUGCCACGGUACCCGGUGCUUCUCCUCGGUCAAAGUGGGCAGCAGCGGGAUGGUGUUUGACCAUGGCUGCAUGGAUGAUCCAGAGAAAAUCAAUUUGCAAUGCUCCACAGCUCCAUCCUUCCACCAUGUCAUUUUCUGCUGCUCUCAGGACAUGUGCAACGGCAACACCACCAGGAGUUCGCUGAUUGCGCUGCUUCCAUCAGUCCCAGAAGGCGAGCCAGUUCCCUAUCGUGUGGAGACCUUAGCUCUCUUUGUACUCGGUCCAGUGGUGGUCCUGGUUCUGCUGUCUGUAGUGUCAGUUCUGGCCUGCAGGAGGCUCCAUCACGGUCGUCUGCAGAGGCUGCAGGAGUUUGACACUGAGCAGGGAGCCAUAGACGGCCUCAUCACCUCCAAUGUGGGAGACAGCACUUUAGCGGACCUGUUGGACCACUCGUGCACAUCAGGCAGUGGUUCAGGUCUUCCCUUCCUCGUCCAGAGAACUGUGGCCAGGCAGAUCAGCCUGAUGGAGUGUGUAGGCAAAGGAAGGUAUGGAGAGGUGUGGCGGGGCCAGUGGCAGGGGGAGAACGUGGCUGUGAAAAUCUUCUCCUCAAGAGAUGAGAAGUCCUGGUUCAGGGAGACAGAGAUCUACAACACUGUGCUGCUAAGACAUGAAAACAUACUGGGCUUCAUGGCAUCUGACAUGACUUCUCGCAACUCCAGCACCCAGCUGUGGCUCAUCACCCAUUACCAUGAGAACGGCUCGCUUUAUGACUACUUGCAGCGAGUUGCCGUGGAGACAUCAGAGGGCUUGGCCAUGGCGGCGUCGAUAGCCUGCGGCCUGGUGCACCUGCACACGGAGAUCUUCGGCACCGAGGGCAAACCGGCCAUUGCACACCGGGAUCUGAAGAGCAAAAAUAUCCUCGUCACUAAGGAGCUGCGUUGCUGCAUCGCAGACCUCGGGCUGGCUGUGACCCACUCCCAGGCAGACAACCUGCUGGAUGUGGGCAACAAUCCGAAGGUUGGCACCAAGCGAUACAUGGCACCCGAAGUGCUGGACGAGACCAUUCAGACAGACUGCUUUGAUGCCUAUAAGAGAGUGGACAUCUGGGCCUUUGGGCUGGUGCUGUGGGAGAUAGCAAGACGCACAUACAGCAAUGGUAUUGUUGAGGAGUACAAGCCUCCGUUCUAUGAUCAGGUGCCAAAUGACCCCAGCUUUGAGGACAUGAGGAAGGUGGUGUGCGUGGAGCAGCAGAGGCCUUUCAUUCCUAAUCGUUGGUUCUCUGAUUCUACUCUUUCUGCUUUGGUGAAACUGAUGAAAGAGUGCUGGUACCAGAACCCCUCUGCAAGGCUAACAGCACUGCGCAUAAAGAAAACCCUGGACAAGAUUCACAGCUCUCUGGAGAAGGGCAAGGAGUCGUGAGAGGGAGAGGAGCCCCGGAGGCAGCUGCCUGAUGUCAGGGAUCAGCUUGGAGAGGAGCCCAUCGUUUGAGAAAGGAUGAUAAUGGGGGACGGACAUAGGACCGGAGGAAAAAGUUGUUCAAGUGUCAUCCAGCUUCAUCCUUCUCUUGCUCUCAUUAUCUCUGUGGUUGCCUUCCACUGACAUCCCUCUCUCUGACUUGAAGCCCACAGAUGUUUGGACCUGUCCUGUGUGAAUAAGCCAGCCUUUGUUACAGGACACAAACUCAUUGCCAUUGUGCUCGCACUGACCUGAACUUUAGACUGUUACUGAGUGUGAAGAACAUGGAUGGCAUAUUGUAGUACUCCAUCCCAAAAUGCUUUAACGCCCAUCUCAGACUGCACACACACCAAACACUACACACUGAGUGUCUCUUACAAUUCAAUUUCUGAUCCCCAGCCAGUGUUUUUGGCAUGCGGUCGUGGCAUUCUGCUCAGAGACAAUCAGAAGUGUUUCACACAUUUAGCUUUAUCAAAACAUGCCAACUAUCGCCACAAACACACACUACAAACCACAGAAAUAUUUCCACUGACUAAAGGAAAAGAGCCAAUAGAAUCAAAUUUGUUUUUCAACUUUUUAAAAAGUAUAUUUAUUAAAUCUCCACUGCAACCACACUACUGAGGAUAUGUAAGACUGAUGGGGCGUGAAACAGACUGUAUACAUAUAUAGGCAUUUACUCUACUGGACUUUCUGUACCCAUAUUGUCAUUAUUGGAGCUAGUACAACAUGAUUUGUUGAGAAAUAGGAGAGAAAAGUAGGAAAUUGUUCCCGCUGAGAUGUAUAGAGGAAAAAACAGGAUAAGAUACUACAGAUACACGAUUAUCCUGAUGGUUUCUGGAGUAGACACAGUAAAUACCUGCCAAUAGGCAUUAGUCUGUAUCUUAUAAUAAGAAAAUGAUCCUCUCUGCAGGGCACACCUCGUAAACUCACUGUGGCUCUCCUGUGCAGGCAGAGAGGAAUCGAGGAAGACUUGUUUGUGAUAGAGCUGAUGUUUUUUUGUUUUUUUUUUUAAGAUACCGGAGGUGAAGUUGUUUUCGGUAGCGAGGUGGGCUUCCAUUAACUCCUCCCAUCAUGCCACACUGUACAAGUUGCCUGAAUAACAAGAAAAAAACACACUGUCUUCAUUUGGAAGCUGUUUUAUUCAAGAUUCAUUUUCAACAGAUAAAGUUGCCUAGCUGUGCAGUUACAGAUGAAUUUGUUCACAAAUGCUGGGUUUGUUUUGGAAGAAAUGUUGCUCUGUCUUUUUUAUAUGUAAUAAAACAUUUACUGCACUCUUGCCUCAUGAUUAGCCAGCCUGUGAGUUUAGAAAAGAUGUAGGCUCAGUUACCAGUUUAUUAGGUUCACCUAGCUAAUACUAAUACAGUCAAAUACAACAGUCCUGCAAUAAAUUAUAACUUCAUCAAGAUUAUUUAGUUCAGUUUUCUUGUUGAAAGGUGCUGAUUCAAUUUUAUGGCCAUUUUGGAGGCUGCAGUCUGUGAUGCUGUUGAACCGUACUGCAUUGCACUGUUCUAUUUUGUUAAUCCCAUUUAUUUCAAUUAGGUUAGGCUUUAAAAAACCCUCUUUAUCAUGCAGUACAGUUCAACAGCACCUCGACCAGCAGCCUCCAAAAUGACAAUCUAUUUGAGUCAGCACUUUUCUAAAACACUUUAAACAAAAACUGAACAUCACAACCUUCAUGACGGUCAGACUGACUGCAGGACUGUUGCAUUAGACUGUGUUAGUUUAAGCCAGGUGUACCUAAUAAACUGACAGCUGAGUUUAUCUAUACAAAUACAUUUUCAUUUAUAGAUUCAGUCUCAGAAAUCAGCCUUGAAACAAUAGUAAGGUUCACAUGUACAUGGCCAAUUUACACAAUUUCAAAAUGCUACAAAACCUUACAGUGUAUAUCCAGACACACUCUGUCUGCCCUCUAGUGGCUACUAGUAGGCACACUAACACCUACGUUGUCAUUCAUGAUCAUUCAUCCACUUCCUCUUAGCAGUACUGAAAAAUAUAUUCUAUGCUUUUCAUUUGUACAAAGUGUCUUUUAUUUAAAGGGACAGUUCACCCCACAAAUUAAAAAUGCACAUAGUUCCUCUUACCUGUAGUGCUGUUUGUCAGUCUACAUUGUUCUAGUGUGAGUUGCAGAGUGUUGGGAGAUAUCAGCUGUAAAGAUAUCUGCCAUCUCUCUAACAGAACUAGAAGGCACUUGGCUUGUGGUGCCAAAAAAAAAAAA